AUGUCUGACAGUACACAAAAAGACCCGCAAGUUAUCUUUUGUGACGUGUGCACAGAUGAGGACAGGAAACCAGCACGAAAGACUUGCAUGAAAUGUGAGAUCUCCAUGUGCGUCCAACAUCUCCAGAUCCACCUGACCACUCCUGCGUUGAUACAAACUCAUCCUCUGACUGAGCCGAUGGCUUUAUGUGGGACCACUAAAUGCCCUCAACAUGGCAAACUGCUGGAGUACUACUGUCUGGAUGACAGGACCUGUCUCUGUGUUUCCUGCGCCAUUGAAGACCAGCACCGCCUGCACAACAUGAAGACCUUCUCCACAGCCCACAAGGAGCUCAUGGAAAAGCUCAGUGCUGAGCAGCAGGCUUUACUGGUGAAAACUGAUGAUGAGAACGUGAGUCUGGAAAAGUGGGAGAAAAGUGAAAGAGAGAAGCUGGGUCGCUGCAGUGUGCGUCUCAUUGAGGCUGUGAGUAAGAUGCGUGACGCCGCCUUGACCAGCGUCCAGAGUUCAGUCUCUGCUCGUAUGGUGGCCAUGAAAACCAGUAAGAGCAGCAUGCAAGCAGCACAGGAGGAGAAAGACACCUUCAGAUUCCUGCAGAUGUAUUCUCAGGUGCAUCAGGAUAUGGAGAAGGCCAAGGCCGUGGAUCUGAGAAAAGGGUUGGAGCCUGGCAGCGAUCGUGAUAAACUGGUUGAGGAGAUGAGACAGGGUGGUGAAAAGAUGAUUGAGCAAGCAGACCAGUUGUGGUGUUCUUUGUUGACUCUGGUUGACCCUGAAAACCACCAGGAGCUCAUUUACACUGAUUCAGACCUGAUCUUUGACCCUCAGGGCCCUUGCAUGUCACUGUCUGAAAGCAAGAAGAUGGUUUUCUACAAUAGCUGGAUGGGGCAAUGCUCUGCUACUCUUCUUAUCUCUAGCAUCAAAUCUGUUCCCAACUUUCAGAGGUGGGUGAUCAACCUUUCUGAAGACUAUGACUGGACCGUUGGUUUAUGUGACAAACAGUCUGCAAAGAACUUGAAGGAUGGAAAUGUCUUUGGACUGUGCUGCAAAGGUGACCAGCUCAGCUUUCUCACAACAGAGUAUGAUGAUUGUUCUGAUGCUUCAAUGGUUUCAUCUAAAACAAGCAAAUAUAGUGAUUGCUCUGAUGCUUCAAUGCCUCCAACAAAGAAACCAUGCAGGGUUUCAUCUAAAACAAUCAAAUAUAGUGGCAAAAAAGGAGAUGAGGACAUAUCACGACCUGAAAUGGUGGAAGUGUUUUGGAACCGAGCAGCGUCCUCACUGUCCUUCUUCAGCAGAACUGGACAGCACCAGAGGGAAGAAGUACUCACGAUUAAGAUGAAGAUCAACAACAGUGACCUUGUUGCUUUUGUCCAACUGGGAGAAGAAAAUACCCCAAAUAGUUCAGACUGGCCCCAUCAACAAUGGCGAUGCUCCUGUGGGCAGAUUUACAGCAGGAGAAUGAAUAAAUAUGGCAAUGGAAUGUGCCAAUACUCACACCAGGGCAACUGUUCCUGUGGAGCAAUUAUUGGUGAUGCAUGCAUCACAAAGAUAAUUUGUCAACUUGUGUAA